AUGAUGCGAAUGAGGGGAGGCGGUGAUGAGUCGCAGCAUGAGCAGGAGCAAGAGAAUGAGGAGACAGCCAUAGUCCUGGACGAUGAGGACAAAGCCCUCUCCCAGACUCCUGUGGCAAAGAAAGAAGCGGAUGAGAGCAUGAGCCCACCCACGGACCGUGUCAAGCGACAGCUGAGCUUUGGAUCGGCUUCAUCAGCCGAGUCCAAGCAGUCAAGGCUGCAUAAGUUCUUCCGGUCUCCGUCAUCCUUCUCUGACGACAGCAGCAUCCAUGAGACGCCCAGUCCGCCGCCCAAGAGGCCAAGACAUCGCAUGGAAGACACUCUUCGUGAGAUGUUGAAGAGUGGGCAGCUGUCGCUUGAUGGGAAGAAGCUGACCCUGACAGCCCAUGAGGAUGUCAUCCCAAAGCUGCAGCAGGAGGUGGGCAAGAAGUUUGGGAAGUUCGGAGGUCGGCCCAUGAAGCCGGUCAGCGAGAGGAGAGGGGUCAUGGGUGGCCUGAAGUCCAACCGGAGAAAGGCAAAUGAGAAACCUCGGCAGUUUGAGUUGCCUGUGUCCAUGAAGAACCGCAUCUGCCAGCAAAUCUAUGAGACCCGUGGGCACCAUCCCGCCGAGCAAGACAUGCUCAAGGCCUUUGCAAAGAAGAGCAAGAUGAGGUUGGACAAGGUGCAGGACAUCUGGGCCAACAGGAGCACAUGGGCUCAGCUCGAAAAGAAGGACCAUGGCAACAUGAUGGGUGGGGAGCAAUCCAAGCAGAAGCCAAGGAUGAGAGCAGAAGGUGCUGGUGCCAAGCGACAAUUCCCUCAUGUCGUCCAGAAACUUGGCCAUUGGCUUGACAAAGAACGAGCCCAUGGUCAUCAGGUGCUGCAGCGACACCUGGCAUGGCAGUAUGAGCUGCUCCUUCAGGAACACAUGCUUGAGCUUACGGAGCUGCUUGAGUCUGAGAAGAGUAAGGACAUGAGCACAGAGGAGCGGCAGCAGCAUGAGGUGAAGCUAAAGCUUGCAGAGAAGCAGAUUGAGGCCAUGCAUGGGAGCGAGAAAAUGCUGAACAAAAGGGCAAAGACAUUGGCCACAUGGCUUGGGGCUGAGACGAGGGUUCCAAACCUCGUGACCCAGAUAAGUUCCGUGGAGCAGCAGGUGAGGGCUGAGCUCUCGUGGCAACACCAUGACUGGUGCAUUCACAAGGUGGCAUCAGCAGAUGAGGACUUCAUGAGACAGUACUUUGCCAGGCCCAAUGAGAUCACCCCAGCCAUUAGAAAGGCAUGUGUUCUGGGCUUCUCCGAUCAGGUGCCACUCUGGCUGAAGUCUGGGUCCAAGAAAGAAAUCAUGGCUUCAUGGGAAGUAGCAGGCCUCAAGAAGAAGAAGCAGCAUCCGCACCUGCAUGAGCCGCAGCAGACUGCAGAUGAGACAGACCCGGCAGCUGAGGAGCCUCAUGAGGAGUCGAAAGCUGAGGAGCCUCAUGAGGAGUCGAAAGCUGAGGAGCAUCAUGAGAAGCAGCCACAUGAGCAGGAGGAACCAGGUGAUGAGUGGAAGCUCGCCAUGCCAGAUGAGAAGCAUGAGAUGGCCCAUUUGACCACCCGUCGGCAAGAGAAGGCCGAUAGGUACAGGGUCACAUUUGAGGCCAUGCAGCUCGUGAGUGGCUUCUUCGACCAUGAGAAGACCCCCGAAGGCCACUGCAUGAGAGGCAUUCUGAUAGUUCCCGGCCAGCAUGCACGGUUGGAUAACAUUGACGAGCAUGGGAAAUGGAAAGAGGAUGAGACAUUCUUCUACAUGGGUCAAGAGAAACGCCACAUCAGAGGUGAGAGCUGCGGCCGAGCUCUCAUCAGCUGGCGAAAGCUGCGAGAUGAGAUGCCACAAGCAUUCCGGCAUUUCUCCGUCAUGAGCCAGCCUGCAUCCAACAGUGAUGGGAUUUGCCUGCCAUGGGUCAUAAAGGAUCAGGCUAGGCAGUUCCCACUGAGUGUGUGGAUGAGGGACGCGUAUGGGCCUGCAUUCACAUCAGAUACGGUCAAGACCCUCUUCAUGGGGCAUCAGGUUCAAUCGAGCAUCAUGCCUAAGAUGACAUCAGCAUUACAGCUGACUGACACAGAUUUCUCACAUGCCUUUAAGGCAUCAGUGAGAAGAGCCAUCGAUGAGCAGAGCAUGAGGCAGGCGGCUCGCCGGAAUGAGGAGGAUGGCCACCAUGAGCAGCAGUUCCCGAAGAUGGGCAUCAAGGAAAUGGCAUUGGCCAUCGACGCUGCCAUGGAGCACAUGAUCCAGAUGAAUGAGAAGACGGAAUGGGUCUUGGCUGGGCUCCGCCGCAAUGGGUUCUUGGCCCUGAGACCUGAUGAGCAUGGCAAGAUGAGGAAGUGCGAUCACGAGGCAUGGGCCAAGGACAAGCCAUUGGGGCGCAAGAGGAUCCAUCCGACAUGGGUCGCCAAUCGGUACCAGCAUGAGAACAAUGGAGACAUUGAGAAACCCAAUUGGGCUCGCAUUGAGGGAGCCACUGAGUUGAGUGACCUGGCCCAUUGGCACUACAACGAUGGGUUCAAGGAUGCCCCAAGCUGGGAGGACAUCCCGUUUGAUGACCAUUCCGAGCCCGAAUGGUUCAUGUGCGCCCAGUUCCAGCUGCCAUUAGACCUGAGAAGGGCCAUGCUGGCAAGAGAGGCGACCAUGAGCGAUGAAGCCAAGGCAAAGAGGGAGAAGAGAAGAGAGAAGAAUAAGACCAAGCGGCAGAAGAAGCAACAGGAGCAUCAGCUCACGGAUGAGGUCCGGGAGGAGCUGAGAGCAAGCAUGCAGGAAAACUCCAGGUAUGCAGCCAUGAGGGAUCUGCCAUCAUCGGCCUCCAAGAGAGGCAUGCCGAAGGCCAAGGCGAAGGCGAAGGCCAAGCCCGAAGCCAAGGCCAAGGGCAUGAGAUUGGCCAAGAUGGGCAAGAUGGCCAAAAAGCAGCAUAAGAAGCAGCUCAAGAAAGACGCAUUGAGCAAAGCGGUGGAUGAGCUCCCUGAGCCGCCAUUGCCUCCGCCACCCGGCCCACCAGCUAUGAGUGCUGACACUGGUGAGCAUGACAUGACCAAGGGCACAUGGAGGAUAGUCAAUGAGGACGCUGGCAUUUCGCUGUAUGGGCGGCAUGGGUCCAUUCUGGGUGUCGGCCGUCAGAACUGCCACAUGCUGCUGGAGAAGGACCAUUUCUUCCCCAAGCAGCAGAAGGCAUGGGUCAGCAAGAGCCAUUGUGAGCGAUUGCCAGAGGGUGAGCAUAAGGUGUGGAAGUGGGCCCAGAUGAGCUUCUACAGGGCCUGGAAGCAGGAAAUGCUGCUUGACAUGGGGCUCUUGAGCCAGGACCUGGAUCAGCUGGAUGGGCUUGAGCAGGUUCACAUCCUCCCAUACCCAGACAUUCAGGCCGGCGGCAUAGAGCUGCAACAUCUGCAUUUGGGCUGGCGAGUCCUGCUUUGGCACAUGCUCCAGAGCUCAAUGCAAAGCAAGAGCAUGGGCUUCAUUAGUCCUGGAUGGACACAGCCACUAUAUCUGCAUCAUGACAAUGCCAAAGUGGAUGUGGAUGCAUUCAUUGAGUGCAUCAAAAAGCAGAUGAGUGCUCAUACACUGAACUUCCUCCCCCUGGGGUACUAUGACUCCCUGCCGGAUGAGUCCCAGCGAUGCAGGGACUACGCUGAGAAAAUCUUGGCAUCCCUGCUCUCCAUGGGCCUGGUGCAUGAGGCAGUGCUGCCUCCUCGCAGCAACAAGGUCUUCCAGGGAGUCGAUGAGUGCGGAUUCCAUGUUCUGGCUGCCAUGGAGCAAGAGGCCGCAGAAGCCAUGGGGUUUGGAAAGGCCAGCACUGGGUGGCCUUCGCAUUCGGCGAAGAAGUGGCAUGAGCGGCUGCAUAAGGUCACAAAUGCUCUCCGCACUGAGCAGACCAAGCGACUGGAUGAGCUGAACCAGCAUAAGAAGAAGGAGGAGGCCUUGGGAAUCAAGAUGAGAAAAGAGCGAGAGCACAUGGCGGCCAUGGCUGAGAAACGCAUGAGCAAAGGCCUUGAGCUGACUCAGCUUCAGAAGAUGGCCCAUGAGGUCAUUAGCCAAGGCAAAGUCCUUGAGAUCGAGGACAUGCCCCAGGCAUACUGGGAUGAGAGAAAUCGAAUCGAACUCCAUGAGAUUGGAGUCUGCAGCCGCUGCCGGCAUGCCUCAGGCUGCCUGAGCUGCGAUGAGGGUAAGCUCCUCGCAUACUGGAUGAGGAAGGAAGCCCGCAGAUUGGGCAGGAACAUUGCCCCUGAGUACAAGCUCAGCUCUGCUGGACAUGAGCUGACCACGGUGCCGGAUACCCUGCCGGACCCCCGGGUGGAGCUUGCUCGGGGAGACCACGCGGUAAUCGAGGGCCUAAAGGCAACGGAGAUGAACGGCAUGAUGUGCUCGCUUUUCCGUUUCGACGAGGAAAGCGGCCGUUGGGAGGUGAAGCUCUCUGACGGCGAGGUCAAGGCCCUGAAGCCGUGCCACCUGGCCUUCCGAGCGAUCGGUGCCAUCGAAGAUGACGGAUCCCUGACUCUUGUUGGCAUGGCCAGCGACCAUGCGACGAUUCACCGCGUGAUUGGCAACGUGCGUGAGCUGUUACGCACCGGUAGCGAAGCGCUGGCAUUGCUGGGCUCCGUGGUGGCGCCCACAGGCGGACGCCGGGCCAUCGGCGAGGAGGCCCGGAUAUGGCUGAAGCUUGCGAAGCAAGCCGAGCAGAAGGUCCGAGGCGCGCUGGAGGAUCUCCAAAAGAAUGUGGAGCAGGUGGAUGCCGUGGAUGCCUCGCGCUAUGGGCCAAAGAUGGCGGCUGAAAUCCGAAUGGCGCGGAAAGACUUGGUCCAGUUUGUUCAGAAGGCCCAGGAGCAGUUGGAAUCUGGAAUUGCGCGGCUGAAACCUGUGAUGACGCACUUAGUAGCCACCGUGCCGGCAGCACCCAAGGCUUUAGGGUCGGAAGGAAGUGAGACCCUUCACGAGCGGUACCGCGAAGCCUUUCAGAAGCUCGAGGAAGUCGUCCCUGACCAGAGCACACGCAAGAAGUCGCGCGUGAACCCCAUCUCCGUAAAGUACCAGGGUCGAGGUGAGAAGCCACCGCCCUCGGACAACCUCUACGUCAAGGGCCUGCCUGGCUGGAUCACUGAGAGCGAUAUCGAAGCCAUCUUCUCUGAGGUGGGUGAAAUCCAGAGCAUGAAGGUGAAAGCCGCCGAUUGGGGGGCCAUUGCCUUCGUCCGGCUUGCAAGCAAGACAGAGGCCGAGAGAGCGAUCACCCACUUCCACAAUCGAGUGCCCCGAGUCCUCGAGAGGAAGGAAGCCGAGCUCGAGUCCAAACGACUCGCUACGGAGGUCACAAAGGGCAUGUUGCGUGCCACGGUCGACCAGCUGGCACGAGGCAUCAUUGUGGUGGUGGACUUGCGGAGACCCCUUGGUUGUGUGUUCAGCGACUUCCUCGUCACGAAGACCGUGCAGGAGGACGGACAAGGCUUCGCCCUGGGGAUCCGGCAAAACUGGCGCGUCCGCUCGGUCGGGGGCGUGGAGGUUCAGAAGAACACUGACCUCAAGGAUCGCAUGGCCAAUCUGAUCUCGCAGGGAGUGAAGGAGGUGGCCAUCGUUUUCUCGCCGCCGCCCAUCGUCGCCAGCUUUGAGAAACGGCCCAUGGGCUUCACCGUCGCCAAGGAUUCAGAACUGGGUCUCAUCCACGUCUCCAGCUCCACCGGGGUGGCGCGCGCCUACGGCAUUAGGCCUGGUGCGAUUGUCUCCAACAUCGGUGGCUCAGAAGUCAGCUCCCUCCGAAUUGAGCACGUCCGGGACAUGCUCAAGGAGGUGAGCCUGCCCGUCUCCGUCCAUUUCGAGCAGGCCAGAGGAAUGCCAAACACGGUUGCAGGAAUGAUCCAGCACGUCCCAGAAGAAGAGCAGGAGGUGGUGGCAGUUGUCAAGAAGGAGGAGCCGCGUCCUCCUCCUCGCGAUCCUAACGUUCCCAUGGUGGUGCCGCCACCCACCGACAUCGAACUCGACUUGUCGCAGCCUUUGGGCAUCGUGUGGUACCCCAGCCUCGUGGUGAAGAGCGUGAAACCAGGUUCCCAGGCGGCGCGUCUCGGCAUCGGCCCGGGCUGGGAGGUUCUGGGCCUCGCCGGGGAGGAGCUCCGGGAUGUCCAAGAGCUGGAGAAGAAGCUCGAGGCCCUCAAAGCCGAAGGCUGCCUUGGCCAGUCGAUGAUGUUCCAGCCUGCCGCAGUGCCAGCGACCGAGGUCAAAACACCCAGCACUGCCGCCGAUGCUGCAGCGAUGCUGCGAGAGCGCGCGGCCGCUGUCGCGAGGGAAGAGGAGGAGGCGCGGCUGAAUAUGCGAGAGGUCCCGCUGGAGCUGGACCUUUCCCAGCCUCUUGGCAUCCUCUUCAACAAGACUCUCGAAGCCGAAAGCGUCAACGAAGGCUCCCAAGCCGCUCGCCUCGGCGUCGAGGCAGGCUGGCGCGCUGUGUCCCUGGCAGGUGAAACCUUUACGAACACGCGCGAUCUCGUGGCGAGGAUUCAGGCCAUGAAAGCAGACGGUGCCACCACUGUGGCUGCUGUCUUCGCCGCACCGCAAAGCCCUGAUAAUGGGGCCGCGAUGGAGGUGGUGGCAGAGGGAGAUGGCGAGAAGCGGCCGGCACCAGCCGAGGAGUUCCGCGAGAUCACCAUGGAUCUGUCACAGCCUUUAGGCAUUAGCUUCACUGACGACGUCGUGGCGAAGGAAGUGAAGGAGGGCUCCCAAGCCGAGAAGCUGGGAGUAGGGCGGCUCUGGAAGCUCACGACCGCUGCGGGUACCCCGGUGGCAACAGCGAAGGAGCUGGUGGCAAAGGUCAAGGGCCUGAAGUCCGAGGGGGCUAAAGAGGAUGGUGAAGAGAUGCGCUUCAACCUCUUCGAGCAUUCGGAGAUCGGUCUUUGUGUGAAAGUGUUUCAGAGCCGCCACAGAGGCGGGAAAAAAGGAAAGGGCGAGAAAGGCCGAGGAAAAGGCAAGGGUAAGCGAAAAGGGAAAAAAGGAGGCUUUCGAGACGAUCGGGGUCGCAGUCGCUCUCCGCAGCGGCGGAGUCCCAGUCUUUCGCCACGCCGAAGCCGAAGUCGCAGCUUCGAGAGCGACCACUCCAGGCACGGCGACGAUCUCCGUCAGAGAGAGGAACCAGGUGCUGGCGCAGCUGAUGUAGAGAUGUUCAGGGCCAACGCACCGGCCGCUGCAAAAGCCGGACACAAGCCGCCGCCAAAACCUCCAGGCCCGGGUUGGGAGCUCUACGAGGAUGACGGGAAGAUUUGGUACUACCACAAAGGCACCGCAGGUGGUCCUGCCUGGGUGUGCUACGAAGGUCAUGAGCCAGAGGCAUGGUGGGAGCAAUCCGCUCCUGAAAGUUCCUAG